AUGGCAAACCAAUUCAUCGGCCUGCACAUGCGGGUGGUGCUCCGCGAGCCUGCGGACUGUCAACUCACGGGGACAGUGAGAGAUGUCCAGGCGGGCAGCGGCCUCACUUUGACGAAUGUAUUCGUCACAGGAACCAAGGAAUGGCGCCCUCAAAUGCAUAUCGAUGCCGGUAAUAUUGCUGAUCUGUCCGAGAUCAAGACGGAUGAUGCGCCUGCCGAACCUGUCGCCGCGCCUUCCUUUUCGCAACCGCCAUCGCAAACCGCCUUUGUCGACCCUGCGAUUCUCAGUCUAGCAAGACCACCUAUGUCUGCGACGCCCUCGGGCUCGGAUGGGAAAUUCAUCGAUCUGGGAGAUGGAAGGGCAGAGCUGCACGCUGUUCAACCCAUUGCGGCGCUCUCUACACCAGGGCGACCUACCCCCGAUCAUGACUUGUCCGGCUCCAUCAGCAACUUGGCCGUCACCGAACCAGUCCCUGGAUUGACCGAUGACAAGUCUGUUGGGCCUCAGGAUGCCCCAUCAACUAAGAAGAAGAACAGGCGCUCUCGUCAGUCUAAGCAAGGAAAGGGCCAGCGCAUCGAGGAAGAUGGUCAGCCUGUUGAUGGCUCGCCCGCUAGUGGCCGAGGCAAGGGCUGGAGGCAGACUCCUAUUCUUCAGAGUACGGCGUCCUUCCAGCCAUUCAACUCUCUGAAGCGAAACGGCAAGGGGCGAAAAGGGGCAUUCGACAAUGGUUGGGCAUCUGAGGAUGUCACUGAAGAGAUGGGCGAUUUUGAUUUUGAGAAUAACCUGGCCAAGUUUGACAAGCGCACCAUCUUUGAUCAGAUGAGAAAGGAGGAUCAGGUCGACGAUGCCAGCCGACUAGUAGCUCACAACCGUCGACCAAAGCCUGGAACAGCAGGUGGCAAGAACCUGCAUUACACGGAAAAUGUUCUUGAUCUGCCACCAACAACUGGCAAGAACGCAGAUUUUUGGAAUAGCGAAGCGGAUGAGGCAGACAGACUAUCAGCGCGGGACAUGCGGAGCGGCCAGAGCAAUCGAAGAGCUGACAGCAAGUCGGGGCCUUCGAAGAGAUCACAGUCACGCAAGGCAAGUGCCGUUGCAGCGCCUGGUGGUAUCCCACUAAGCCGUGUCAACUCGGGCGUACGUUCAAGCCAUCUUUCUCGCUUGUCCAUCUCUCGACCAGAGUCGCGCAGUACUGACGGCAGGAGACAGCAAGGUCAGCCACCCGGUCUAUACCUCGUCCCCUCUCACAAACGACUCGAAACCGUUUCGGCGCUGCAGAUGCUAAAUCUCGAGAACAUUGCCGCAAACGAAGUUGGGCUGUCGGAACCGCUCAUGGCAGAGAACGGAGGACGGGGUAUUGCCGAGGUGGCUUUCAAGGCGCUGUCGGAUCCUGCCAUCAAGGUGCGGUUUGGCCUUGCUAGGGCCAAUCCAUCUGCCAGUGCCGUGCUGAGCAGCCCGGCGGUUGUGAUACUGGCUGGCAACAACAAAUCUGGUAUCCGAGCGAUUGCCGCAGCCAGGCAUAUGCGGAACAAGAACGUCAAUGUGAUGGUAUGCUUGGUGGGCAUUGAGCGCGAGCGAGACUUGCUGGAGGAUCUCCGACAGCAGAUCCAGCUGUAUCGGGCUUUCGGGGGUAAAAUCCUCAGCAAGACCGAUCUCUUUGAGCACCUACGAAAGAGCGCCUCAUCAGGAUCGCCUGUGUCAAUCGCUCUCAUCAUCGAUGCCCUUCUGGGGUUGACCAUUUCAUUCGAAGAGCUGCGAACGGGAGACCAGGCCACCGUCUACGAACUGAUGGAAUGGGCAAAUCGCAACGAGGCAUUCGUCCUUUCCGUUGAUGUGCCAACAGGCAUCGACCCUACUACUGGCAAAGUGGCAGUCAUUGAUGGCAGCCGUCUCUUUGUCAAGCCGCGGUACGUGGUUGCGAUGGGUGCACCCAAACGCGGCUUGCUCGAAGCUGUAACACCACCAGGCGAGGAUGACCCUGAAUACCUCAACACUGCGACACACGAGGACGAGUGGCGCCUUUUCAUUGCCGAUAUUGGGUUAGGCAGCGCAGUCUGGCGAAAGGCCGGGACUAAGAUCCGCCGCGGUAUCGACUUUGACGAGAAGUGGGUGCUCGAGAUGAAGUAUCGAGAUGGACAGCAGGAGGAAACCGACUAUGAGGAGGAAUAG